UUGAACUUAGAAUCCCUCCAUUUCGAUGUAAAUUCAUGUUAUUUUCCUUGUGAAAUACUCCUAAAGAGACACCUAAUCCUAUACCACAUUAAACUCUGAGACUAAUUCAUAAAGAGACAGACUCUUGCAAUUGUUCAGACUCUGCUUUGCAAGAUUCAUUCUUUAACCUCAACGCUUUUUCGUACCUCAAAAACAGUCCCUUUCACCACAGAAACAAAAGUACAGUUCAACCGUUCAGAUUAAAUUUGAAGACAACAUCAAAUGGCCGCUUUAGGAAUGUCCAACAUAGAUUUAGAAUGCGGCUGCGCCAUCAGCGACGAAGAGGCCAGCAGCGUCUGUUUCUCCGACGCCGUCAAGGGUUCCUGCAAUUCGCAGUUUGCCUCUAAUUACGAUGAUUGCAGCUCCGCCUGUGGCUCGGAAGAUGAGGAUUUGGGGCAGAGGAAGAAUGUUGAGAGAGAUUGCCGGAUUUGUCAUUUGAGUUUGGUGAGCAGCAGCCCUAGCUCUGGGAUUGCCAUUGAGUUGGGGUGUUCCUGUAAGGAUGAUUUGGCAGCUGCUCACAGACAAUGUGCUGAAACAUGGUUCAAAAUCAAAGGAAACAAGACUUGCGAAAUUUGCAACUCAGUGGCGCGCAAUGUUGUCGGCUAUAAUGAUAUGGAGGCUGUUGAACAGGUAAAUGAGAGCAAUGCAGAUGCUGCAGCAUCUUCAGGGUCCGCCCCUUCCACUGUACAGACUCGAACUUGCUUAAAUGGUCAUCGCUUCUUAAAUUUUCUUCUGGCUUGCAUGGUGUUUGCUUUCGUCAUUUCUUGGCUUUUCCACUUCAACAUCCCAUCGUAAGUAUUCCGUAGAAGAUGAUGAGAAUCCUGUGAAGACAGAAACCGGGAUUGCAGGAUUCAUUGAGAGUUCCUUUUCCUUUUAAUUUUUUUCUUCGAAAAUAUCUUCUCAUUGUUUGUGGCGUUGAGGGAAGGGGUUGGUUGCAUAUUGCAGUGUGCAUUCGUUGGUAAAAGAUGUAAAGUUUGGCUACUGUUUUUUUUAUAUACAAAGUGUUGCAGCUGCUAA